AUGAUCGAUCAUCAAUAUGAUGAAUUUGGAUUUGUUAGACUAUAUGAUGAUGAACACAACAUGAUAUAUUAUGAGAAAGUUAAGAAACAAAUAGCUCAAAACGACAAAGUUUGGUUUAAAUACACAGAAACUCAAGGAGGUUCAUCUCAUUUUAAGUUAGACGACAAGAAAUUUAAGAAACAAAUACGAAAAGGCAUUCCAAUGGAAGUUCGUCCUCUAAUUUGGGCAAAAAUUACUAAACUUUACGAGAUAAUGGACGCCAGAGCUAAUAUAUGGGAUGAAGCUCCAUCGAAAUUCAAUACAAUACACGAAGACGUCAAAAGGACCAUUGAUGUUGAUAUUCCUCGAACGUUUCCAAGAAAUAAAGCUUUUUCAUCAGAAUAUCUCAAAAAAAUUCUUUACGUAUUUGCAGUUGCCCAUCCUGAGAUCGGUUACUGCCAAUCUCUUAACUUUGUUGCCGCAAUUUGUUUAUUUGUUAUGAAGAGCGAUAUACAAGCUUUUUAUUUACUCCUGAUAAUUGUCGAGAACUACCUUCCUAAAGGCUACUUCACACCCGACAUGAAAGACUACCAAACUGACAUUUGCAUGUUACAAAUUUUAAUAAACGAGAGACAGCCAGAAGUAGCGGCCAUAGCGAAAGCCGCCAACUACCAGUGGGCCCAGUGCACUAGCAACUGGAUCCUUACCCUGUUCUCCAACACCCUUCCCGUUUCUACAGUGAUGCGAAUCUGGGAUUCCUUCUUCCUCGAGGGACAAAAGGUGAUUUUCAGGGUAGCGCUGGCCAUCCUAAAGAUAAACAACGACCUGCUUAAGGCAGCAAAGCCGAGUGACUUCACAAAAGUUCUAAAAACCGUUCAAGGCUCAAUUGUCGACCAGGAGCAGCUAAUGACGACAGCGUUUGGGCUGAAGGCGUUCUCCAGGGCGCACUUGAAGGCCCUGAGGGAGAAAGCUGUUGAAUUGGUCGAAAAAAGUGGUCCGACAGUUGAUGGACAGCCAAUUUCGGCUUUCCACUCCUUUUUGGGGAGAAUGAAUAUAUAA